AUGUCUUGUUCUGACGAGGAGAAAUUGGGUUACACAGGGUCCUUACUCGAUGGUGAAACUCGUCGUUGGUGGAAUACUGUCAAGAGAGGUACAAUUGCUGAUCGUAGGACUUGGGAUUAUUUUCUUAAGGUAUUUAGGAGGAAGUUCAUGGGCGAGCAGUAUAUGGAAGCUUGCAAGCGGGAACUUUUGGACCUUGUGCAAGGUAGUUUGUUUGUGGCUGACUAUGAGACAGAGUUUGUGCGACUUAUUCAGUAUGCUCCUAAGAUGGUUUUGACUGAGAUGUAUCGUUGUGAGACGUUCCGUUUUGGGAUCAAUCGAGAGAUUCGGGUCUACUUGGUGGCCCAAAAUACAAAGUUGUUUGAUGAACUUGUGGAAAAAGCCAAAGUUGUUGAGGAGACUUUGGCUGAGCCAACUCGUUCUGUGGUAGCUGAGACUGGUAAGAGGGCUUCUGAAGGUGCUUCUUGA